AUGGCUGCGAGCCUGAGACUCUGGAGGCUGAAGCCCUCCCGGAUCCUCCGCUGCCCCCUUGCCUCUGGGUUCAGCCGCGGCGCCACAGCUGGAUCGGGGCAGCAGCCACAGCUGGAGAAACUCACCAGCACUCGGCAGCUGGAUGGCAUCAGACACAUUAUCUUGAAUAACCCUAAGAAAAGAAAUGCUCUGUCACUCUCUAUGCUGAAGUGUCUCCGCGAUGAUAUUCUGCAUGAUAUCGAAAGCAAGGCUCUCAGAGUCAUCAUCAUUUCAGCGGAAGGACCUGUAUUUUCCGCUGGCCAUGAUUUAAAGGAAUUGUCUAGUGAACGGGACACGAAGCACCAUAUUGAAGUAUUUGAGACCUGCGCUGAGGUCAUGACUCUGCUCCAAAAACUCCCCGUACCAGUGAUUGCCAAGGUAAAUGGCUUGGCUACGGCAGCAGGCUGCCAGCUGGUGGCGAGCUGUGACAUUGCAGUAGCGAGUGAGAAAUCCAGGUUUGCUACACCCGGAGUCAAGGUCGGGCUGUUCUGCUCCACACCAGCUGUGGCCGUAGGGAGAGCCCUUUCUAGAAAGGUUGCAUUAGAGAUGCUGUUCACAGGAGAGCCUAUUUCUGCCCACGAUGCAUUGCUGCAUGGACUUAUCAGCAGGGUGGUACCAGAAGACAAGCUGGAAGAGGAGACCAUGAAAAUUGCACGCAAGAUAUGUGAAACUAGCCGGUCUGUUGUGGCACUGGGGAAAGCCACCUUUUACAAACAGAUGGCACUGGACCUUGAUGCUGCCUACAGAAUGACCUCCCAGGUCAUGGUGGACAAUCUGACACUGAAGGAUGGACAGGAAGGAAUAGAGGCCUUUAUUCAGAAACGCAAGCCUACCUGGUCACAUAGUGUGAACACAGCUUGCAAAUGA